AUGCUGGUUCAAAACAAUUUCUACUGCGCAGUCGUGGUAGAUAUAGGGGUCCUGAUCACACUGGGGUUAACCCUGCUCACUGCCUACUUUGUGAUUCAGCCCUGUAGCCCUUUACCACCUGAACCAGUGCUCUCUGGGGCUCACACCUGGCGCUCUCUGAUCCAUCAUAUCAGGCUGAUGUCCCUGCCCAUUGCCAAGAAGUAUAUGGUUGAAAAUAAGGAAUUUGUUCCUCUGUCUAAUUAUAAUGAGCCCCCAAGUGACGAUGCAGAAUGUGAUGACUGGUGGAAAACAGACUGCAACCCGAACAAUUCCACCAUCCCUUCUAACUGCACUGGAUGUGCAGUGCUUACAGGCCUCCAGGUGGUGCCAAUCUUGGCACAGUUACCCUCAGAAUUUGACAAACUCCAGCCUCUGCUGAUCAAGACUGGACAGAUUCUGACAUCCAAGGAGCUUCAUCUUUUUCAAUGCCAGUACCCAGAGUUGACAGAAGGGAUCUCAGAAGGAAUAUUAACCCGGUGGUGGAAUUGUUUUCCUCAUCAGCGUUUCCCUUUUAAUUUCCCAUGGAGCAAACCUCUGAAUAGAACAAACAUUCUACAUCAGCUUUUCCCUAUGUUCGAUUCCUUGCCAUUUCCCAAACAUGCCUCCUUGAAAAGCUGCUUUGUCGCCCACCAACCACCUGUACUAGGGAGUAAGAUGCGUGUGGUUCACGACCUCUUUGUCAUCGGCAGUGGUGAGGGUAUCAUGUACCUCACUCCUCCUAUGGAGUGCAGAAGGCACUGUAAUACUGUGGUGAUGCAGCUGGAGCCAGGGGACGUUGGUUAUGCCAGUAUGGAUUACUGGAAGAUAAGUGUUGGACCAAGAGGAACAGAGCCCUUGGUGAUCUGUGAUGGAACCACCAACGCAGAAAUGUAGAGAAACAGGAUUCUGUCCCAGGAGAACCUGGUAGAGCUGAAGAGAAGAUCAGGUUGAUUGGGUGG